AUGAGCGCCAGUGUGAACGCAUCGCGGCAUGCCGCAGCCCUGCGACGCAUCAUAAAGGAUCUUCAGGAGCUGGAGGCGGAGCCUCUGCAGCUGGUCUCGGCCAAGCCUUUGGAUCUCGACGAUCCUUUUUGUUGGCACGUGAACCUUAGGCCUGCAGACGGCCCACUGAUGGGUUGCAUCUUCCACAUGGUGAUGGACUUGCCAAGAGACUAUCCCUUCAGCCCCCCCAGCAUCCAAUUUCCGGCCUGGCACAUUCCCUCGUUUCGGCAUCCGAAUCUCUAUGGGACCAUGAUUUGCCUUGACAUUCUGCAGAGUUUCAUUGGGGCGCACGAUGAGCGAAGCGGCUGGAGCACAGCCUACACCGUUCAGACUGUGCUGCUGCAGCUGGCGUCGUUCCUCUUCGAGACAGAACACGUGCCACAGGACCAUGGUGGGACCUACAAGUCCAGCAUGACACCGACACUGGCUGCACAGGUGCACGCUGAGUGUGAGAGAUUUCAUUGUGUGGAAUGUGGCCACAGUUUCUCUACACCACACCCGGUGCUUGCAGAUGUGACACCAGAGGUCAUGGAGCCUAGCACCAACACGCCCAGCCAAGACAUCACAGUCAGGGAGGCUAGAGCAACCGGUGAGGCUAGGCCGCUGACCCCGCAGGUCGGGGACGUGCUUCGAGGCCUGGUGGUCAAAGAAAACGCCAAGGGCUUCGAGCUGCGCCUGCCAACUGGCUUCGGUUGGCUGGUCCGGGACCGUCGGUGUUCGGUGGCGCGGGAAGUGACAGCCUGCGUGACCUCUGUGGCUGAGUGGGUUUGCUUAGAGAUUCUGCCGAAGCGGACCUGCCAGCAACUGGAAGCGCUGCAGGAAUCUGGAGCAGAAAUUCCUGGGCUCGUCGUCUCCGUCCAGAGCUAUGGUGUUUUUGUAAAUAUCGGUGGCCCGGCUCCAGGUCUUGUCCAUGUGUCAGAGAUGGAUGUUGAGAGGGCCUUUCAGGCCAAACAACUCGUGCAGGUGCGAGUCUUGGAGGUGAACUCCCCGAAAGGCCUGCGGCUCACGAUGAGAGGGGGCCCCUUCCUCUGGCAAACCCGCGGUGGCCGCCCGCUGCCGCUACUACAGCCUCACUUGGAUGGCAGGGACCUUCCCGGCCCUGCGCUGCAGGUCCUGUUGCAACUCUUGCCGUGGGAAGCCUUGAGGUCUAUGGCUCGCAGCUGCAGGGCUUGGAGGGGACCUGCCGAAGAAGCGAUCUCCAUCCGUUUCGAUCGAUCUCAGCUGCGCUGCUUCCACACCAAAACAUCGUUUGAUGAUGCAGGUGCAGUGCUUGGCCUGGGGGUAGUUAUUUUGGAGGAGAGUGGCGGCAAGCGCCAUUUGACGUGUGACUUUGACCCCUUGUCCGCGGAAGCAUUCUUUGAUCUGCAUGUGGACAAAGGAGUGUGGAAGCAAAGAAUUAGCUACUGGAUUCCCAUGGCCAUUUGCAAGGCUCACUUUCAGCGUGCUUUGGCACGGCUCCUAGAGGCCAUCUCCCAGCUUGGCUCUGGGAAAGUGGCCGAGAUGACAAAGUCCCACGGCUUGGGUUCUGCUGGCCGUCAGGGCCCUCGUGAGGCGGCCGGUGUGCAGCAGGGUUUUGCCAUAUGCUUCGACGAGUGGCAGGCGCAAAGGCAAGCGCUCUUUGAAGCGCAGAGGCGACGCCGGGAAGAGCGACUGAGGCUAUUGGAGAUGGAGAAGGCAAAAGCAGCGCAACAAGGUUUGAGCGUGGAGGAGUGGCGAAGGCGAGGAGCCGAAGCCAAAGCCAAGGCUGCUGAAGCCAAAGCCAAGGCUGCUGCCAAGGCUCUCGCCGAAUUCAGCCAACCUUUGCCGUUGGAUCAGGCUGCGGCCAUGGAUGUGCUGCCUAAGCUGAUGAACUCGCAGAUCGUGCUGUUGAUGAAGGGCGAUGUGCACACUUCUCAGAAAGCAAUUGCAGGCUAUAUGGCCUUUCACCACAUAUUGCUUAUGCUCAAGGCCCGCUGUUCCAGCUUCAGCGAUGCCAUUGAGCAGAAGUUGCACAAAUUUGUCAGUGACGAGCAGAUGAGACACAAGAACGUAGUACCAAACCUGGGCGAGUUCAUGUGUUUGCUUUCUGUUUCGGACGAGUUCACCUGGAACAAGCUCGCCAUACCAAUCCUGGAAGAGACUUUCGACCGAGGGGUUCUUUGGCUGGUGAAGGCAUGCCCAUGCAUGGCUCACCUUUCGUCGCCAGUGGACGACAGGAUGGAGAAGACUUGGGAAACGAGCCAAGUCUCUCGUCAGCUGUUGAUGUUUCAUUGCUGGUUUCUCCAUCACGUGGCUCACAUAGCGCACCAACAUCACGAGCAUGAAGACGACGUUUGUCGACGAGCCAGUUGCUUGCUUGAACGCUAUGAACGCACCAAAGGCUUGCCACUGCAAUCCAGCGUGAGCUCCCUGCAGAAGGCAUGCCGACAUUUCAGUACAAUCAAGACGUGGCAGCACUUCUUUCAGUCCAUUUACGUAGAGCCAAUGGACGAUCAGUCUGUUGGUGCAUGGCUGCUCCGUUCUACUCGAAGGUCCCAAGCAAAAGGCUAUCACCGAGGGCCUCGUUUUGCCAGGACUCAAAGCUGA